AUGGAACAGCUCACAUCCUCCCUCGCUCCACCCCGAUCGAACAACAAGUCGAAUGUCGCGGGCACGCCCCAACCUGCUGCAGGAAGCGUGGCGAAACGACUCAGUAGUGAACUUAUGACGCUCAUGAUGUCCUCUUCACCCGGUAUAUCUGCCUUCCCGCGAAAUGACGGUAACCUCUUCGACUGGGUAGGAACGAUUGAAGGACCAGCGGGAACAAUAUACGCUGGUCUGACGUUCCGUAUAUCCAUCGCCUUUCCGCCGAACUACCCUUAUGUCGCGCCGACGAUUAAGUUCGAAACGCCAUGCUACCAUCCUAACGUUGAUAUCAAUAGCGGGGCGAUUUGCCUGGAUAUUCUGCAAGAUAAAUGGUCGGCCGUCUAUAGCGUGCAGACCAUCCUGAUUUCUCUCCAAUCGCUCUUGGGAGAACCGAACAAUGCUUCACCCCUUAAUCCUGAUGCCGCAUCCCUUUGGGACAGCCCCGAAGCAUUCAAAACGCAAAUCACGAAGCACUACCGACCUCUGAAAGAUGAAUCUGCUUAA